GGGAAGAAGGGGAAAGGCCCAGGCAAGGCCCCUGGGAAGAAGCAGAAGAAGCCCGAAGUGGACAUCCUGAGUCCGGCCGCCAUGCUGAACCUGUACUACAUCGCGCACAAUGCAGCCGACUGCCUCCAGCUGCGUGGCUUCCGGUGGCCCGGCGCGCCCAAGGGGAAGAAGGGCAGGAACAAGACCUAAGAGAAGAGAGAAGGAGAUAACCGGACAGCGAUGACUGCAGGCAAAAUAGACCUCACCGGAGACAUUUUGAAAUGCAGCUCAGUGUGCUUUUUGGUGGUAAAUUAGGAUUUUAAAGCGCAUUUUACUUCCUCAGCUGACCCAGGUAUAACUAAGGGGAGGUUUUUCAAAAGUUAUGGGAAACAAGCCCCGUGCAGUGCCUACACAGCUUGGUGGAACUCCUGGUACUUUUAAAAACUAUCAUCAUAAUUCUGUGUCAGAAUUAAACCUUGCUCUGGAAAGGCA